AUAGAGCAGAUAUAAACUCAUCAUCAUCCCUCCAGGACUGCAGAAGAAGAGAGCUUGGAGAUGAUGGACACAGCCGUUCUUGUCCUGACACUCACAGCAUGUCUGGUGCUUUGCACUGGAGCCCCUGCGACGUCCACAGUGGAUCAGGAGAAAGCUGAGGAAUACCUGAAGCAGUUCUACUCUGAUCCCAAGGCUCCGUCCGUCAGCGGGAGACGAGUGAAAGUGCAGGACUUUGAGACCAUCCUGAAGCAAAUGCAGGAGUUUUUCAGGCUCCAGGUGACGGGCAAGCUGGACACGAACACCAUCGAGGUGAUGAAGAAGCCACGCUGUGGUGUUUCCGAUGUUUCCAAUUAUGGACAUUUCAGUGGCAAGCCCAGAUGGGAUAAGAAGACCAUUACAUACAGAAUAACUGAGUACACACCAGAUCUGAGCCAGAGGGAAGUGGAUGCCACGAUCGCUCAGGCGUUCAAGCUCUACAGCGACGUCACUCCGCUCGACUUUAAGCAGAUCUACAGUGGCACGGCAGACAUCAUGAUUCUCUUCAAAGCCAGAAAUCAUGGAGACUUUUACCCAUUCGAUGGGCAGGGCGGUGUUCUGGCUCACGCCAUGUCUCCUGGUCCUAAUGACGGAGGUGAUGCACAUUUUGAUGAGGAUGAGAAAUGGACUCUGAGCUCAGCAGGUGUGAACUUGCUCUUGGUCGCUGCCCAUGAGUUCGGCCACGCGCUAGGACUGGAUCACUCACGAGAUCCCUCCGCUCUCAUGUACCCUACAUACAAAUACGUCAACACUCAUGGUUAUCAGCUGCCUCUGGACGAUAAACAAGGAAUCCAGGCGCUCUAUGGUGCUCAUCAAUCCCCAAAUCCUCAACCGCAACCCAAACCACAACCUCAACCAAAUCCACAACCAGGAGCAAACCCACCAGCACGAUGCAACCGGGACUUGGUUUUUGAUGCUGCAACCAGCAUAAGUGGAGAGCUUUACUUCUUCAAGAAUGACUAUUACUGGAAGAAAAGCACCCUGCUGAAAGGAAUUCCACAGACUCUAAUCAGGUCCACGUGGCCCUCCAUCACGUCUGUCGAUGCAGCUUACGAGCUCAGAGCAAAACGCGUCAGUUUCUUUUUCAAAGGUCAGUACUACUGGGGUGUGAAAGCGACCUCCAUCUUACCCGGAUAUCCGAAGCACAUUUCACAGUUUGGCUUUCCGGCAUCAGUCACGAAGAUCGACUCUGCUGUGCACGUGGUCUCAACGAGGCGCACUCUGUUCUUUACUGGUGAUAAAUAUUGGAGCUUUAAUGAGAACACUGGAAAGAUGGACGCUGGUUUCCCCAAAUCCAUUCAGGUAGAUUUCCCGGGUAUCGGCACCAAAGUGGAUGCUGCUUUUGAAAACUACGGUUUCCUGUAUUUCUCUGAUGGAGCCAGACAAACAGAAUACAACUACAGGACCAGAACCGUGAAUCGUGUGCUUCUGAACUACGGAUGGCUGAACUGCUACUGAGCCAAAUGUCAUGAAUUAUAUAUUCUUAAGUUUGAUAUAAAUAUUUCAUAACUGAACAUCUAUAGAGCUCAUCUCUGUCUACCUGGAUGUAUGAGCAAUAUUUUGUUAUCAUAAUUUUCAUAAAAUCAGUAGGCCUUAAAGGGGCAGUAUGCAAUUUUCAACUUCUCUCCAAAAUCACACCUUAUUAACUAGUGCAUUAUAUUUAAAGUGUUGCCAUUUUAUAUUCCAAAAGCAUAGUAUUAUAUAUAUUAUCUUUGUUAAUGUUUAUAUAUAUUUUUAAAACAUUACACACUGCACCUCUAUACAUUUUUCUACUGUAAAUAAAACUCUUUUUAAAGGAAAAAUACCAAUAAAAAUCAUUUUGAACAUUUCAA